UGGCGUCCAUUUAAAGAGGAAGUGGCCCACUUAGUACUAUUAGUCUUGCUGUCUGCCUGCCUCCCUCCUUGGCCCAGUCUUCUUCUCCUUCUCCCUCCGUCUUCCCGCCCCUCGGUCCAGCCUCUCCUAUGGCCUGGCCUGGGAGCAGGAGCAGGAGGAGGGGGAGGAAGGCGGGGAAGAAAGUGGCACCAGCACCACCAGAAGCAGGACUAGCAGCAGGAGCAGGAGCAGGAGGCGCCUCAGGAGGGAGGCCCAUCGGGGGAUGGCCGGCUCCCGGUCCUCCCGCUUCCUCCACGAGCUCCCGGCCUCCGUCAUGUGCCGCUUCUACGAAGUCAUGGACGCCCUCGGACGCCCAGAGUGGCUCAGAUUCGCUUCCAGGAUUGUCCGAGAUCAGGUGGAGCUGCGUCUCUAUGAGAAGAUGGAGGCACCAACACACAGCGUUAUGUGGGCCUGGAUGAAUCGCAAUGCCCAUGUGGUUGACUUACUACAGAUCCUUGAUGACUUGCAGCUUUACCGGGCACGUGAUAUCAUCGCCUCAUUAUUUCUCUGGCAAACAGAGCCCUCCUGUCCGCUGUUGUCUCUGCCAGACCCUCCUCCCAGCAGCCGCCUUGGCAGCGUUCACCAGAGCAGCGCACUUUCGGCUCCCACUCAGCCCGAUGAGCAGGGCCUCAGCUCAAUUCAGGGCCUCAGUUCUCUAUCCCUUUCCUGCCCCUUUGAGUGGCGAUUGGAAGAACUCCGCCAGGCCACAGGCGACUUCUCAGAUAACCUAAAGAUUGGCGAAGGAGGCUUUGGGUGUGUCUACCAGGCCCGAUUACGGAACACUGUCUAUGCUGUCAAACGACUCAAGGAGGAAGCAGAAUUGGAUUGGACAAUAAUAAAGAAUAGCUUUGUCACAGAGGUGGAAAAGCUUUACCGGUUCCGUCAUCCCAAUAUUGUAGAAUUUGCUGGUUACUGUGCUGAACAAGGAAAUUUCUGCCUUGUCUACGUUUUCCUGCCAAAGGGCUCAUUGGAUGACCAUUUACACAGAAAGGUUGGUCCCUGUCUGACCUGGGCCCAGAGGCUUCAUGUGGCAGUAGGCACAGCCAGAGCCAUUCAGUUCCUGCACAGUGACUCUCCCAGCCUAAUCCAUGGAGAUGUAAAAAGCUCUAACAUUCUCUUGGAUGCAGCACUCAACCCCCGACUGUCUGACUUUGGGCUGGCUCGGUUCAGUCGCCGACCAAAGCAGGGAACUGUAAGCAGCUCACUGGGCCGCACCCAGACUGUGCAGGGCACACUGGCCUACCUGCCCCCUGAAUAUGUCCGGACUGGAACUCUUUCUACUGCCAUUGAUGUAUUCAGCUUUGGUGUGGUCCUAUUGGAACUCUUGACAGGGAGAAGACCCAUGGACGUGGAUUCCAAUGGACGUAGCAAGUACUUGAAAGAUUUGCUGAGUGAAGAAGAGGAGCAGGAAUCCCAGCAGACAUCAGCCAUGGUGACUUCCAGCCUCUCUCAAGCAUCUCAGCUUGGCCCUCAUCUCUAUCAGAAGCAUGCAGAUCUGCAGGCCGGACCCUGUCCAGAACUGCUGGGCAUAACAAUAGGCAGGUUGGCUUAUCAGUGUCUCCAUCAGCGAGCCAAACGCCGCCCUCCAAUGGCUGAGGUGUACCAAGAACUAGAGAGGCUACAGCUGUCACUGUAUCAGGAAUCUACUGCCUCUUUGCUUCUUACAAGACAUAUGCCACAGGAGAGCAUGUACUCCGCCAGGCCUCUCAACCAACCUGAAGAGAGUGAUGAAAGGCUGGAGGCCAACUUAGUAUUGAAGAGCUACAGAAGUGUGCCUGAAGGAAACUUCUCUAGAGGCCAGCAAGAUUCCUCUGCACCUCAGAUCGUCAUCAACCCAGCACGAAGGCGCAUAAUGGAAAAGCUGGCACUCUACCAUGAUGGGAUACUUGACAGCCUGGCGGUGCUUGACUCUACACCUUCAGGGGCAGAGCACACUGCAGAGCCUUCUCGUGAGCCCGAAGAGAGUGACGAAUUUGAGUUAUGAAUCUGAUGGUCAUGGAAGGAUUAAAGUUCUCAUAGCGCUGAUGGCACUUUUCAGAUUACAGGGUCCCACUCCAAGAUGGUGUGUGUGUUAUGUUCCAUCCAUCCUAUAGCACACUGGUGUUUCUGUUGGAAUCUGGCUUCAGGCCAACCACCAUGUAUCAAACAGGGGCUAGCAGAAAAGACUCUUAGAGUGGAUCCAAAGUUCAUACCUCAAAAGGGAUAUGGAGGGGUUUGCAAGUACUGUACAGUCAGCCCUCCUUAUCCACGGAUUUUGCAUCUACAGAUUCCACCAUCCUCAACUGGAAAAUAUUUUUCUAAAACUUCCAAAGAGCUAACCUUGAUUUUGCCAAAAAAAAGUUUUAUAAGGCAUACCAUUUUUACUACACCAUUGAAUGAGACUUGAGCAUCCAUGGAUUUUGGUAUCUACAGUGGGAGGUGUUCUGGGACCAAACCCUACUGGAUAACAAGAGCCCACUAUGUGGGUUUUUUGUUUUGUUUUGUUUUUGCCUGUAGCCCUCCCUACAGAGGCUCCUCACUACACUCCCUUUUCCUUGAACUGGUACAAUAAAUAAUUUUAUAUUUGUAACUGACCUGUAUCUACUUUGAUUGGCAGAUUAAACAUGGCUAUUGGCAAAGAUCUACUUGUUGCAGGAUUUUCAAAUAGCACUGUAACAGACUCAACAAAAAUGAAGCAAAACUGUCUUUUCAGGCUGCAUCUACAUUGCAGAAAUAAUGCAGUUUGACAGCAAUUUAACUACCAUGUCCGGGUGCUAUGGAACUUUGGGGAUUGUAGUUUCGUGAGACAUUUAGCCUUCUCUUUCAGAGUGCUCUGGUGCUAUAACAAACUACAAUUUACAGAAUUCCAUAGCAUUCAGCCAUGGCAGUAGAAGUGCUGUCAAACUGGAUGAUUUCUGCAGUGUGAAUGCAGCCUACAUCUUUCCACUGGGCUGGGAAUUCUGCUUGCCUUCAUCCCUUUCUCACUCCUUUUCCUUAUCAGUGCAAAAAGACUGGACACAGAGACAGGAAGUAAAAUAGAAGCCAAAAUCCCAAAAAAGGCCCCACACUUGAGACAAUCUUUCCUAUUUGUUGCUUCUCGUAUUAACCCUCACUUUAGUCUCUGCUUUCUCUGUUCUGAUAUCCACCAUGUGGAAUUAAGGCAGGAAGAGAUGGGCUGUUUACAUGGGGGCGACAUCAUAACGCUCCAGUAGCGCUAUGUUUACAUGCCACUGGAGUGCCAUGAAGCCAGAUUCCGGCUGUGACUCGGGCAUAAAGCCAGCUUUUUGCCGCUCCUUUUUUGGGCAGCUUCAAGGCUUAUUGGGGCUAUGGUGUGCAGUUGCCGCAGCCCCAAUCCGCCUUCAGAAGGGGCGGCUUCAAGCCUGUCUAUUUCAGCCCUGAAUUCCCAGUAUUGGGUGCUUCCACCAUUACCUUAAAACCUUUCUGUUCGCCAAGCAAUUUUCCUGAUUGACAUUGUCAGCCCUGUUUUCAAUGAAUUUUUAAAUUGAUUUUACUCUUUCUGGUUAUUUAUUUUAUUGUAUCUGUGUUUAUUGUAAAUCACUUGGGAGGUUGUUUUUUUUUAAAUGGGAAGUGACAUAAAUUGUUCUGAACUGAAUAUGUUGCCUGAUAAAUUGGUAUCCCUUUUCAAAGUGAUUUUGUUCACUAACAUGAGAAUUAAACAACUUCCCUUGAAACCAUA